CUUUUCCGUGCCUUUCUUUCAAACAAAUCACAAUUAAUGGAACUUAAAAAUAUUACUCGUUCAAUUAAUAUGUUAAAAUCUGAAGAAAAUAAUAUACAAAUAUGGAAAGUUCAUUCCCAGCCUGGAAUGCCUGCAGAAAUAUUUUCCGGGCCAGAAAGUGAAAGAAAACUUUUAGAUUUUUUUGAUGACAAAAAAAUAGUGUAUUCUACUUUAAUUGAAGAUUUUGGGCUGUAA